AUGUACGGGGGCCAGCAGCAGCUGCAGCCCCUCACGCUGCCCCCGCCCCUGCAGCAGCAGCACCAGCAGCAGCACCACUACUACCGCCGCCAGCAGCACUACAGCACGCUCCCCGCCGGCCGGCGGCCCUGCCGGGAGCCGCCGCCCUGCCCGGAGCCCCCGCCGCUGCCGCGGCCCCCGCCGUGCCGGGAGCCGCCGCCCUGCCCCGAGCCGCCGCCGCCGCGGCCCCUGCCGUGCUUCGAGCCCGCGCCCCACCAGCAGCAGGAAAGCAGCGUGGCGUACGACCGGGUGCGCGCCUACGGCCCCGGCUGCCGGCGGGUGAGCACGUCCUGCUCCUCCCGGGCGGCCUCGCCGCUGGACUGCUCGCACGGCUACCAGCAAGUCACCUCCGGCUGCGACCCGCCGCAACAGGGCACUGUUCGAAGGAUUAUUAUCGAGAAUCCUGAUCAGGAGCCAUUAUCCCCGUUUCUUAGAGGGGGGAAUUUCUGUCCUGGAAAUAAUGUCAUCUAUGAAAAGACAAUAAGAAAAUAUGAGCUAUUAAAUCCCCACCAAGAGAAGCAGUAUCACUUUGCCCACCAAUGUCAGGUUCCCCAGCAAGCCGAUCAGUGCCACGUUGUCCAGCCCUGCCAGCGCUCUGAGCAGUCCCAAGUCACUCACCAGUGCCAGCAGACACAGACCAGUAGCCCCUGUGAAGUAAUUCCAAUCUCUGUGAGCGAUGACUGCAGAGGAAGUACAGUGAGGAGGGUAACAGUUCAAACCUGUGAACCGGAAAAUAAUGACCAGCUGGACUGCCGCUACUUUGGUGAGCUCCUUGCUGAACUGAACCGCAAGACCAACGACUUGUACAGUUGUUUACUACAGCACGUGGAAAAAAUAGGAGGAAGGAACCAUGACAUUGAAUUUACGUGUCAGACUGAAGAUAUUGAAGAUUUAAUUCCCAAAGGACUGUCUGAGGCAACGAAGCAGCAGAUUCGUUACCUCCUCCAGAUGAGAGUGACAUCAGAUAAAUCUUUGAGACUUGUGCUUUCCACUUUCAAGAAUUUACGUGAAGAGCUUUGCCAUUUGCAGGAUGACCUGGGGAAGUUAGAAACUGACAGUGUCUUACUUAAGAAGGAUUUGGCUUUCAAGGAUUCUCAAGUAAAAGAAUACGAAACUAUGUUGACUUCUCUGAGAGAGAAUAAUCGUCAGCAGCAGCAAGGACUCAGAGAGAGUACUGCAAAAUGUCACUCUCUGGAAGAACAGCUCCUCUCUCUUCGGCUCUGUGAGGGAGAAAAGGACUGUCAGCUAAAGGAACUGGAGUACUGCAAGCGUGCCUUGGAGCAAGAGCUCCAGAGCCUUAGACUACAGACCUGCUCUAAUCCAACACUCCAGACCACCACAGAUGAACUCUCUAGCCGUUAUGUGGAGAUGAUCAAUAGCUUGAGAGAGGAUAAAGAUCGUGAGAUCCGCAGUCUUAGGUCUCAGCUAUGCCAGUUCCAGCAAGAUAUAUCAAGGAGAGAAGGAAGUAACAGUGACUUGCAAUUAAGGUUGCACGAACUGACAUCGAUGUUGGAGGAGAAAGAAGCUUUUAUUAAACAACAGCAAGAGGACCUCUUCAGACUGAAGCAUGAGAAAUUAUCAGGCAGUCAGUCCCCUGGUGUAACAGCUAUCAUCACUAAGAAGUACAGGAAUCAGUAUCCUAUUCUGGGUCUCCUGUCCGAUGACUACAAGGUUACAUCACCGGUCAAUAAAUCACAAACUAUUGUAAUUGAGAGGACUGGAGAGAUAUGGAAACAUGAAUGAAAGAAAUCCCUGAGCUGUCAGAGCUGCUCAAAG